AUGAAAAUAGUUCUAAUAGCACUCUUCAUUGGCUUAGCAUUCUCUUAAAAUUAGGCGUUAAAUGAAAUCUAAGAAAAUCCAAUUCCUACAUUAGUUUAUGAAACUAAAAACGAAGAAUCACAAUAAAUUGAAUAACAUUAGCAAUUAUAAGGCUAUAUUGAUAUUGACGGCCAUUUUGUAUCAAAUUAAGCUGAUAACACCUAAAAUAUAAAAUCUGAGCCACUUGACUAAAAUAAUUAAGAUGAAAAUUCUAAUAGCUAAAUAACUAUUAGUGAUGAUUCCAACAAUUUAUAGGCUUCUACAUAAGAAGGGGCACAAUAAUUAGUUUCAACAGAUGCAGAAAUUGAUACAAUGUUAGAUAUGGAAAAUUCUCUCCCUUAUGAAUUUCCUGAAGAUACAUAAGUUUAAGAAGAAUCAAAAGAUUAAGAUAAUGAUAAUCAUUAUUUAUCAGCUAGUUUAGAAUUGUAAGUGUUUUAUAUUUAAACUUAAGGCCUAUUCGAAAUGAAAACUAAGUUUAUGAUUCAUUAGGAAAUUAAAUUGAUUCAUAUGAUGGUAUGAGAACAUACUUGUAAAUAAUUUCAUAAAUUUAGAGCUUUAGAUAUAGCAGAAUAAGAUGACAAUUAAGCAAACAUAAGUGUUUAAGAGAAAUAAGAAGAUUGUAUUGUCAUUUAUUCAAAUUGUGAUUUCUAAGGAGAAAGUUUACCAAUUUGCGAAUCUUUGAAGGAAGUUGAGUAAAAUUAAGCGAAAUUUUAGGGAUUUCUAAUAUGAUAUAAAGUCUAUCUAUUUACCUGAAGGAUACUAAAUGACAAUAUAUUCAGAAGAAAAUUAUUAAGGAUAAGAAGUUACAUACUAAGAAAGUCAGAAAUGUUUAACAAAAGCAAUAUCGUUUGCCUAAUUAAGAGGGAGAUAAACAAAAUAAAUUUAGAAUCAAGAUCCAAAUCAAAGUAUUUUAACAUCAAAUCUAAGAAUUAGAUAAUGA